CAAGCUCCCGUGUCUGAGAGAGGCUCUCUGCACGGGCCAUGGCAACGCCAUCGGUGAUCGGCUGUCCACAGAUGGGCGCCACCGAGGAAGGGACUCGCGGCCGAUGGUCGGCAGAGCUCAAGGUGGAGGGGAUGACUUGCGCAGCAUGCAGCGGUGCGGUCGAGAGGGCUUUGAAGCAGAUGAAGGGCGUGAAGGAGGUGGAGGUGAACUUGCUCCGGGCCCGUGCCAAUGUGACCUUCGACGCGACAAUCUCCACUGAGCAGCUUGCCGAGGAGGUCGAAUGCACUGGCUUCGACGCCAGCGUCCUCACGGUGACCGACCUGACGAUCUCUGACGCCGUGCGUCGCGUCGAGCUGCGCGUCGAAGGGAUGACCUGCGCCGCCUGCAGUGGCGCUGUGGAGCGGGCACUGAAGGCUCUGUCGGGCGUGCUUGACGUCCAGGUGAGCCUCCUCCGCAGCAAGGCAGUGGUUCGUUGUACAGUAGACGCUCCAAGCGCCGAUGCCAUGGCGGAUGAGGUCGAGGCUUGUGGUUUCGAAGCGAAGGUCAGCUCAGAAAAUGAGGAGCUUCCAGAAGGACCACGGCCCCGGCUUCAGCCGGAGCAAGCCAAGCUGCAUUUACAUGCCCUAUCGCCCGAGGAGGCACAGGGGGCGCAAGAGGCUUUGGAGAAGAUGACAGGCAUCCUCAGUGUCGUCAUUUUCAGAAGCUGCUAUCUUCGUGUUUUGUACAGGCCCGAUGAGGCCAAUCCCCGGGAGGUCCUUGCGAGUCUGACGGGCCAUGGCCUUCGAGUGGAUCACAUCAGCCAACCUGGAUCUGAAGAAGAAGGGCCAGCGCAGUCCUUGAAGGGAGAUUUGCGAUGUGCUCUUCCACCCACCUUGCUGAUCAUCACGUUGGUCUUUCUUUUCCCACUCUGUGGCCUCCAGCGACCCCUCCAGUUUGAGCUGUUUCUGCCGGGCUUGAGGGCGGAGACCUUGUUGCUCUUCCUGCUGGCCACUCCCGUGCAAUGCUAUGCAGGCCGCAGGUUCCACCAAGCCGCAAAGAAAGCGCUGAAACGGAGGUCUCCGAAUAUGGACGUGCUGAUUUCAACCGCCACCUGUUUAGCCUAUGGUUACUCCACCUUUGUGAUGGUCCUCAGUGUGGGCUUUGCUUUCUUCGGUGAAACGCAGGAAGAGCCACUGCCCCACUUUUUUGAGACACCCUGUAGUCUCAUCACAGUGGUGCUGAUCGGACGUAUGCUGGAAGCUGCAGCCAAGCAACGCACCACGGAUUCAUUGGAUGAACUGGUGCGGGCCAGUCCGGCGACCGCCAGGGUCAAUGGGGAGAUGUUGUCCACGGAACUGGUAGCCAUCGAUGAUAUCGUGGAGAUUUGGCCGGGAGAGGCCGCCCCGGUGGACGGUGAAUUGCUGGACUGGUCUGGUGACGGGAACACCCCAGGAAGAGCCUUUGGAUGGGGUGCCACUGCUGCUCUGACGGCCUUCGAUGAGUCCUUGCUCACCGGUGAGAGUCGCCCGGUCCCAAAGAAUCCCAAGGACCUCGUCAUCGGCUGCAGUCGCCAUGUGGGCUCGUACGCUUCGCGCAUCCGCGUCACCAGGGUGGGCACCGGCACCGCCGUGGCACAGAUCGUGCAGCUCGUCGAGCGCGCGGCGGCCACGGCGAGCAGCGCACCGGCGCAGCGCCUGGCGGACGCCGCGGCGCGGAUCUUCGUGCCCUCGGUGGUGCUUUUGGCUGCAUUGACGGCGCUGGUGUGGUUUUGCAUGGUCAGCACAGAAACGGUCCACUUGGAGAACAAGAAUCAUCACGGGGCAUUCCUCACGUGUGAGCAGAUGCUUUUUGCCAUGAAAUUCGGCCUCUCAGUGCUGUUGGUGGCCUGUCCUUGCGCCAUGGGACUGGCCACGCCAACCGCUGUGAUGGUGUCGACCGGAGUUGCUGCUCGCCGCGGAGUUUUAGUGAAGAGUGCCGCCUCCCUGGAACUGGCGGCACGCAAAGGUGGCGCAGUGGUCUUGGACAAGACGGGCACGUUGACCAUUGGUCGUCCUGGCAUGGUCUCCAUGGCCAUUUGUCAACGCUCCGCGGCGCCCUGGUCCGCCGUGAGCGCUUUGGGCCGCACGGCCUCUCCCUCGCCGCCCACCACUCCGAGCUUCAUCGAGCUGGUGGAGCUCGCGGAACCGGGACCGGUCGCCUUCCACGGGGCACACUCGGAGGUCCUGGGUCUGUGCGUUCUCCUUUGCGCCUCAGCCUUUCGCUCCGAGCACCCCUUGAGCCGCGGCUGUGAAGAGGGCGCCAGAAAGCUGGCGGGCUGCGAAGCCAAAAAGCUUUUGGAGCACUUGGAGGUGUCCGACUUCCAGGUGCUCAAUGGGAUUGGAGUGAAAUUUGCCCUGGGAGAGCUCGAGGUGACGGUGGGUCAUUUGGAUUACCUCCAGAGCACCAGCGAGUUGACCGCGUGGGCAGAAGAGAAGAGGAGUGAAGCGUGUACAAUUGUAGCGAUUCAAGUGAAUGGUGUGGUUUUGGGCAUGGCGGCUUUACGGGAUACGUUGCAGCCGAGUUGUCGGCAAGUGAUCAGCCAGCUACAGGAAGCAGGUGAGGAGGUUUGGAUGUGCACGGGGGACCACAGCAUCACUGCUGCUGCGGUGGCCGAUGAGCUGGGUAUCCCAAUGAAGCAUGUGAGAGCCAACUGUCUCCCUGCCCACAAGGCUGCACUUGUGGCAGAGUUGCAAGCUGCGCGCAAGAGGGUGAUCUUUGUCGGCGACGGCGUCAACGACGCCGUGGCGCUCACCAGCGCCGAGGUGGGCGUGGCCAUCGGCGCCGGCGCACGGCUCACGGUGGACGCCGCCGACGUGGUGCUCGUGCGCUCCGAUCUCCAGGAGCUGCUGACGGUGAAGCAAUUGGCAAAGGCCACGGUGUGGUGCAUCAAGCGCAACUUCGCUUGGGCCUUCGUCUUCAACUUGGGCAUGAUCCCCCUGGCCGCCGGGGUGCUGCAGCACCGGGGCAUCCACUUGCCACCGGCCGCAGCCGCCGCAGCCAUGGCCUGCUCUUCCAUCAUGGUGGUCUCCUCCUCCUUGAUGCUCCGUGGCUUCCGCCCGCGGUUCAUCACUGACGAGCGGACGGGGUUCGGGCGCAUGGGCGCACGGAGAAUGAAGAACAUCGAGCGACACCCGCUGACAGCUGAUAGCCCGCAUGGAGACGUCGUGUGAACGCUUCAGAAGAGAGCUGUAAAGUGCACGACGCUUUUCAGAGUUUCACCCUCGUUGUUGAAGUUUUGGCUUCAAAUUCACUUUUGGGGUGGGCACGGACUUUGGGAAAGCAC